AUGACUACCACUGCUCAACCGGAUCAGUCGUACUACAACCGUGUUCUCAGCUACAGCCGUGGCCAGGCAUCCAAGUGCGGCACAUUGACUGUGGGCGCCGGCGUGAUCGCAAGCCAAAUACUCCUGGCAAUUACCGCGGCGUCGGCAGCGCUGCUCCUCGACGGCAUGAAGUUGGUGAAGGCCAAAUCUGCCGGUUCUCUUCACCCGGCCAAGGUCCGCGUCAUGAAUGCAUAUGAAGGGGUGCGAGGCACCGUCGAGCGCCCACUACGAUUUGCGACCGAAAAGUCGUCCGAUGUUCUGAAUGCCGUCCUUGAUGUCGUGAGCGCCAUCCUGGAAAAGUCGCUUGGCUUGGAAAUCCCAUCGGCCCAGGAAAGCUCGGUUUUGGAACGGGUGAAGGCGGUCAUUCGUGGACUCUACGAGUUUGUUACUCUGAAGGCUCAUAAACAAGUCAUCGACCCGCUCUCCGGACAAGUCCAGGCUGCCGUCGAAAAGUUCAACAAGAACCUUGCCCUCGUCCAGGUCGUUCGCGAACAGGGACAAUGGGCCUCUGACAAGAUGAAUGAAGUCAAGGGUUCCCUGGGAGAUCUCAAGAACAAAUUCGAGACCGAAGCCGCAAACCUUCAGGUUGACCCUGAAGAGCUUCUGAUGAAGGGAAUUCACCGCUCCAACCAGGAACUGCAGCAGCGCUUGACGGUGCUCCGUGAAAAAGGCAGCCAGAUGAUGGGUCAGGGCAGCAAUUUCGACGGCUUCAUCACCUAUCUCCAAGAGCUGGAGACAUCCCUUGCCCAAGCCGAUAACAUCUACAGCGUCCAAGAAGAGGUUCUCCAGGAGGUUCGCAAGCGUCUCAACCAGCUCAAGCCUGCCGGUCCAUGGAACAACUACUUCCGCAACGAG